AUGAACUACUUCCCAAGCAGUACUACAACCACAACCACUCAAUACUCUACUAGUUCAUCAUCUAGAUCUUGUGCUGCUUCAAACAACAACAAGAAGGAGAUUAAUAAGGUCAAGAAGGGCAACAGUGGAAAUAACAAUAUUAAGAGAAGCGGUAACAAGGGAGUGAUGAAACUCUCUACGGACCCGCAAAGCGUGGCGGCUCGGGAGAGGAGGCACCGGAUCAGCGAUCGGUUCAAGAUCUUGCAGAGUUUGGUCCCUGGUGGGGCCAAGAUGGACACGGUGUCCAUGUUGGAGGAGGCUAUUCAAUACGUCAAGUUUCUCAAGACCCAGAUAUGGCUUCAUCAGACCAUGAUCAACUAUCAGUUCGUGGAUGAUCAGGAGAACUAUAGCCAAGACCACACGCCCAAUGCCAUGUUCCUUACUCCACCUGAUCAUCAAUGUAAUGUUCACGAUUCUUCUAAUGGUAACGUUGCAGUUCUUGAUGAUCAAGCUCCUCUGGAGAUGCUGAUGGUACCGGAUUAUAAUUGCGCCUUUGGUCAAGGCCAUGAAACUACGUCGUUUGAGCAUGCGUAUGGGAGAUAUGAUUAAUCGGCCAGUUAGUUUGUUAUAUAUAUAUAUAUAUAUAGUCACGAGGAGUAAUAUUUUAGUUAGCAAGUUUAGAUUAUGUCGUGUGUUAUAUAUGUGUUUUGAUGUUGAAGAUUUGGCUGGGGUUAUUUAGUAUAUAUUAUGUGA